CACAGGGUAUACAGGGUAUACAGGGUAUACAGGGUAUACAGGGUAUACAGGGUAUACAGGGUAUACAGGACAGGGUAUACAGGGUAUACAGGGUAUACAGGGUAUACAGGGUAUACAGGGUAUACAGGGUAUACAGGGUAUACAUGGGUAUACAGGGUAUACAGGGUAUACAUGGGUAUACAGGGUAUACAGGGUAUACAGGGUAUACAGGGUAUACAGGGUAUACAUGGGUAUACAGGGUAUACAUGGGUAUACAGGGUAUACAGGGUAUACAUGGGUAUACAGGGUAUACAGGGUAUACAAGGGUAUACAUGGGUAUACAGGGUAUACAGGGUAUAUCAGGGUAUACAGGGUAUACAUGGGUAUACAGGGUAUACAUAGGUAUACAGGGGUAUACAGGGUAUACAGGGUAUACAUAGGUAUACUGGGUAUACAUGGGUAUACAGGGUAUACAUAGGUAUACAGGGUAUACAGGGUAUACAUAGGUAUACAGGGUAUACAGGGUAUACUGGGAGUACAUGGGUAUACAGGGUAUACAGGGUAUACAGGGUAUACAGGGUAUACAGGGUAUACAUAGGUAUACAGGGUAUACAUGGGUAUACAGGGUAUACAGGGUAUACAGAGUAUACAGGGUAUACAUGGGUAUACAGUGUAUACAGGGUAUACAUAGGUAUACAGGGUAUACAGGGUAUACAGGGUAUACAGGGUAUACAGGGUAUACAGGGUAUACAGGGUAUACAGGGUAUACAGGGUAUACAGGGUAUACAGGGGUAUACAGGGUAUACAGGGUAUACAUAGGUAUACAGGGUAUACAGGGUAUACAGGGUAUACAGGGUAUACAGGGUAUACAGGGUAUACAGGGUAUACAGGGUAUACAUAGGUAUACAGGGUAUACAGGGUAUACAUAGGUAUACAGGGUAUACAGGGUAUACAUAGGUAUGCAGGGUAUACAGGGUAUACAGGGGUAUACAUACAGGGUAUACAGGGUAUACAGGGUAUACAGGGUACAGGGUAUACAUGGGCAUACAGGGUAUACAGGGUAUACAUAGGUAUACAGGGUAUACAGGGUAUACAUAGGGUAUACAGGGUAUACAGGGUAUACAGGGUAUACAGGGUAUACAUGGGUAUACAGGGUAUACAGGGUAUACAGGGUAUACAGGGUAUACAGGGUAUACAGAGGGUAUACAGGGUAUACAGGGUAUACAUAGGUAUACAGGGUAUACAGGGUAUACAUAGGUAUACAGGGUAUACAGGGUAUACAGCGUAUACAUAGGUAUACAGGGUAUACAGGGUAUACAGGGUAUACAGGGUAUACAGGGUAUACAGGGUAUACAGGGUAUACAGCGUAUACAUAGGUAUACAGGGUAUACAGGGUAUACAUAGGUAUACAGGGUAUACAGGCAGGGUAUACAGGGUAUACAUAGGUAUACAGGGGUAUACAUAGGUAUACAGGGUAUACAGGGUAUACAGGGUAUACAUAAGGUAUACAGGGUAUACAGGGUAUACAGGGUAUACAGGGUAUACAGGGUAUACAGGGUACAUAGGUAUACAGGGUACAGGGUAUACAGGGUAUACAGGGUAUACAUGGGUAUACAGGGUAUACAUAGGUAUACAGGGUAUACAGGGUAUACAUAGGUAUACAGGGUAUACAUAGGUAUACAGGGUAUACAGGGUAUACAGGGUAUACAUAGGUAUACAUGGUAUACAGGGUAUACAGGGUAUACAGGGUAUACAGGGUAUACAGGGUAUACAGGGUAUACAUAGGUAUACAGGGUAUACGGGGUAUACAUAGGUAUACAUGGUAUACAGGGUAUACAGGGUAUACAGGGUAUACAGGGUAUACAUAGGUAUACAGGGUAUACAUGGGUAUACAGGGUAUACAGGGUAUACAGGGUAUACAGGGUAUACAUAGGUAUACAGGGUAUACAUGGGUAUACAGGGUAUACAGGGUAUACAGGGUAUACAGGCAUUACAGGGUAUACAGGGUAUACAGGGGGGUAUACAGGGUAUACAGGGUAUACAGGGUAU